GCCUGGAGGGUGAAGUGGUGGAGCCGGGAGGAGUGGCUCCACGUGCAGCUGUACGGAAGGCUGUGGUGACAAUCGUUAUUACUAUUCUUACUCUUAAAACAGUGGCCACUAUUAUUUACUUACUUUUCUCCAUGACUUGACACGGGUGUCUGGAGACUGGGUUGGCAUUUUCUAAUACGGCUACACUUUUGGGCAGCUGGCCACCGUUACUCGUUUUGCAGUAAAACCCUUGUCUCCAAAUCGCACAUUCUGUUUUCCUUCUUGUCUCUUGGGUGCAACCUGUAUUGUCUUUCUGUUUUUAAAGUUCUUGGUGGAAGUGGAACUGUGUGGGAACGAGAGCUGUAAGGCAGUGGUUCCACGGCUCUUUAAAAGGACACCCGGGUCCCACAGUCACGGUGGUUGGCUGUGAUUACCGGUGUUGGUGCUGGCUCUAUGUUCAGUGGUAGAUAUACCGCGCAUGUUUGCCUCUAUGCGCUUGCUUCUCUGGAGAUUUGAGAACGAAAACUGGAAAGAACCUAUUACAGAGACGGGGAAAUCCAACUGAGAAUUCAAUUACUUCCUGCCUUGUGACCACGCACCCCUGCUUGACAAGGCUGCUCUGUAGAUCUGAAGGACUGGGGCUUCUGACCACACACAGCAGUGCCGCUGCCACAGAGGACAGUUUCUCUACCAGGUCUGUCACCUAAAGCAGUGAAAAUGGCCCGAGGAUCCGUAUCUGACGAAGAAAUGAUGGAACUCAGAGAGGCUUUUGCCAAAGUCGAUACCGAUGGCAACGGAUACAUCAGCUGCAAUGAACUGAAUGACUUGUUCAAGGCCGCCUGCCUGCCUCUGCCUGGGUACCGAGUGAGAGAAAUCACAGAAAACCUGAUGGCCACAGGGGAUCUGGACCAAGAUGGGAGGAUCAGCUUCGAUGAGUUUAUCAAGGUCUUCCAUGGCUUAAAAAGCACCGAGGUUGCCAAAACCUUCCGAAAAGCUAUCAACAAGAAGGAAGGGAUCUGCGCGAUUGGUGGCACGUCCGAGCAGUCCAGCGUUGGUACCCAGCACUCUUAUUCAGAGGAAGAAAAGUAUGCCUUCGUCAACUGGAUAAACAAAGCCCUGGAGAAUGACCCCGACUGCCGGCACGUCAUCCCCAUGAACCCCAACACCGACGAUCUCUUCAAUGCUGUAGGCGAUGGCAUAGUUCUUUGUAAAAUGAUCAACCUGUCCGUGCCAGACACAAUUGACGAGAGAACGAUCAACAAGAAGAAGCUCACACCAUUCACCAUUCAGGAAAACUUGAACUUGGCUCUGAACUCUGCCUCGGCCAUCGGGUGCCACGUGGUUAAUAUAGGGGCCGAGGACCUGAAGGAGGGCAAGCCUUACCUGGUCCUGGGACUUUUGUGGCAAAUCAUCAAGAUCGGGUUGUUUGCUGACAUUGAACUCAGCAGAAAUGAAGCUCUGAUUGCUCUUUUGAGAGAAGGAGAGAGCCUAGAGGAUUUGAUGAAGUUGUCUCCUGAAGAGCUCCUGCUGCGGUGGGCUAAUUACCACCUAGAAAACGCAGGCUGCACCAAAAUCACCAACUUCAGCACCGACAUCAAGGACUCCAAAGCUUAUUACCACCUGCUCGAGCAAGUGGCUCCAAAAGGAGAUGAAGAAGGGAUCCCAGCCGUUGUGAUUGACAUGUCAGGACUGAGGGAGAAGGAUGACAUCCAGAGGGCAGAGUGCAUGCUGCAACAGGCGGAGAGGCUGGGCUGCCGGCAGUUUGUCACGGCUACCGAUGUUGUCCGAGGGAACCCCAAGUUGAACCUGGCCUUCAUUGCCAACCUCUUUAACAGAUACCCUGCCUUACACAAACCAGAGAACCAGGACAUUGACUGGGGGGCUCUCGAAGGUGAGACGAGGGAAGAGCGGACCUUCAGGAACUGGAUGAACUCCCUGGGAGUUAACCCUCGAGUCAAUCAUUUGUACAGUGACUUAUCGGAUGCCUUAGUCAUCUUCCAGCUCUAUGAAAAGAUCAAAGUCCCUGUUGACUGGAACAGAGUAAACAAGCCUCCAUACCCCAAGCUGGGGGGCAAUAUGAAAAAGCUGGAGAACUGUAAUUAUGCAGUGGAUCUGGGGAAGAAUCAAGCUAAAUUCUCACUGGUUGGCAUCGCAGGACAAGACCUCAAUGAAGGAAACCACACUCUCACACUGGCAUUGGUUUGGCAGCUCAUGAGAAGGUACACACUGAAUAUCCUGGAAGAUAUCGGAGGUGGACAGAAGGUCAAUGAUGACAUUAUUGUCAACUGGGUGAACACGACCUUGAAGGAGAUGCAGAAAAGCUCGUCCAUUGCUAGCUUCAAGGACCCAAAGAUCAGUACCAGCCUCCCAGUUCUGGAUCUCAUUGAUGCCAUUCAGCCAGGUUCCAUAAACUAUGACCUUCUAAAGACAGAAAACCUGGAUGACGAAGAGAAACUCAACAAUGCAAAGUAUGCCAUCUCUAUGGCCAGAAAAAUCGGAGCAAGGGUGUACGCCCUCCCAGAAGACCUGGUUGAAGUGAACCCCAAAAUGGUCAUGACAGUGUUUGCCUGCCUCAUGGGGAAAGGGAUGAAGAGGGUGUAAGUCCCAGAGGAGUCAGCCAGAAAUCGACAGAGACAAGCCUGAGGGUCAGCACAUGGUGCUCCCAGGAUACAGAGGACCAUUCAAGCCAUUCCAAAGUCCUGAACCUUGGAGACAUCAUCUGAAAUGCACAUAUCUCUUCUGCCAAGUAGCUUCUGCUAUAGUUAGCAAUACGUGCCUCUCUUUUGUUUUUUUGGUUUUUUGUUUUUGUUUUGUUUUGUUUUUUCAGAAGAUGUACUCGCC